GGUGGAUUGCCCGGAGAUUUGCUGCGGACAUUUCAACCUCACUCACAGCUGCAUUGGGUACUAUCAUUUCAUUGUUUACGAUGUCUACAUACGCUUCCGAGUACCCGUCGGUUGAAUUCGACUCCGCUUACGAGAAGUUCUUCGAGAAGUUCUACGCUACAUCAGACACUCCAGAUGCGCACGAGAAGUACAUUGAGAACUUCACCAGCGAUGCGACCCUGAUUAUGGCGUCGAAGAAGGUCAAAGGGUCAGACGAGAUUCUUGCGAUGCGUAAAGGGAUGUGGGAAAAGGUUGCUAGCAGGAAGCAUAAGGCUGUCAAGAUAUUUCCCUUUGGCCCCAACUCUGAUGAAUGUAUGCUUUAUGGAACCGUCCAAUAUGGACUGAAGGCAGGUGGUGACUCGGCCGUUGAUUGGGCAGCAAGGGCGCACCUGGUAAAAGACGGUGGACAGGUCAAGAUGGACUUCUACCAGGUUUAUCUGGAUACGGGCGCCCAAAACAAGUAGAUUGCUAGUCAUAGACAUGUUCGAACGAUGUAAUUCUUCGUGACAUCACGCUGGAAUUUGGCUGUGAGCGUCAUGGUGAGGUGUGUAGCUCUCUAAUGCUCCUACAGAGGGGUCAAUCAGAAUCUCGGUAAAGAGGAGUAACCGC